AUGAAGCCGUCAGACAUUUACACAUCCUUGCCAGCACUCGCAUUUACAGCGACGGCAAUUCUGGUCGUUCUCCAUGAACGGUCGAAAAAGAAGAAUGGCUCAACAAAAAAGGAGAGCCCCCCGUCGGCAAAACCUAUGACUAGAGAAGAAGUCUUGGAACUUCGGCAAAAGCAUUUCAUGAAAUCUGUCAGCAUUUCCUACGCAAACUCUGGUGGAUUGAUGAUCAUGGGGGGUACUGGUUCACGCUUGAUUGACGACGAGGGCACACCGUAUUUGGACACUCGCAAUAAUGUGGCACAUGUCGGUCAUGGAAAUUCCGAAGUAGUGAAGGCCAUUCAAACACAAGUCUCGGUAUUGAAUACCAACACACGAUAUCUCCACCCAAAUGCGGUAGAAUUGGCAAAAAAGUUGGCUGACAAGUUGCCAGAUCCAUUGGAAGUUGUGGUCUUUGUCAAUAGUGGGAGUGAGGCAAACGAUUUGGCCUUGCGAUUAGCAAGGGCACACACUGGAUCCAAAAAUACAAUUGUAGUUGAGCGGGCGUAUCAUGGCCAUACGCUGUCAAUAUUGGAGGUCAGUCCUUACAAGUAUGAGUACAGCAAAGAAUUCAAAAUGGUGCCAAAUGGGCAGUACGGGACCCCUGGAAAACACAUUUACAAAGUGCCAUGUCCUGACAUCUACCGUGGCAAUUAUCGGAACCCGGACACAGCGGGAGAAGUCUACUCCGCAUAUGUCAAGGAUGCUUGCAAGCACUACCAAAAGACCGGAGAGACUGUGGGUGCCUUCUUUAUUGAAGGAGGAAUGAGCGUGGCAGGGGUGAUUCUCCCUCCCACCAAUUACCUUCGACGUAGUGUGGAAGCAGUGCGAGCAGCAGGAGGUGUCUAUAUUGCUGAUGAAGUUCAGACAGGCUUUGGUCGGUUAGGGUCGUCCUACUGGGCCUUUCAGCAUGGAGCAGAAGAGGUUGUCCCAGACAUUGUGACGGUUGGAAAGCCGUUUGGGAAUGGAAUGCCCUUGGCGGCAGUCAUUACCACGCGGGAAAUAGCAGACUCCUUUCAAGCAAUGGGAGUAGAGUAUUUCAAUACAUUUGGAGGGAACCCAGUAUGUUGCGCAGCUGGGCUGGCCGUACUCGACGUAGUUGAUAAGAAAGGCUUGCAGAAGCAUGCCCUGGAGGUCGGAGCCUACCUGAAAUCGCUCUUUCUAGAGUUGAAAGAGGAGACUGAACUUGUCGGUGACGUAAGAGGGUCGGGAUUGUUUAUCGGAAUUGAGCUGGUUCGAGAUUCAAAGACACUGGAACCAGCGACAGCAGAGACAUCCUUCAUUUGUACACAGCUGAAGGACAAGUAUAAAAUUUUGACGAGUAUUGAUGGGGCUGAUGACAAUGUUAUUGUGGUGAAGCCUCCUAUGGUAUUCUCCAAAAUAGAUGCAGCUUUUUUUGUCAAUUGCUUUAAACGUGCUAUGAAAGAACUGGAGGCAAUGGGAGAUGAAGUAUUGCAAAUGAAGAAAACUCCAACGUGA